AUGGCAAAUCAAGGUCAGACUCUAUUGCACCAGGUUGCGGGGAUGGAUUAUUAUGAUGGAGGCAAUCAGCUUGGUGUUGUGUUUCAACUUCAGGACGAGCUACUAAGAGAGCUUUUUGAUUUAGAGCAUUUAGAAAUGCUAAAGGAAGCCCAAGAAUGGAUCAAGGGGACAGCUCAAUCCUGCUCCGCCGUGUUAGUCCUUCUCGCCACCAUGGUUUUCGCUGCGGCCUACACUGUCCCAGGCGGCACCGACGACAAUGGUGUCCCCGUCCUUCUCGACUCUCCACUCUUCCUCUUCUUCACUAUCAUGGACGUCGUAGGGCUCGCAAGCUCUCUAAUCUCAGUGAUGAUGUUCCUCUCAAUCCUUACAUCGCCGUUUCAGAUGCAAGAGUUCUAUAAAUCUCUGCCUAGAAAACUCACAAUAGGCUUCACGUUAUUGUUCAUAUCGUUGACCACCACGUUGCUGGCUUUCGGGUCAACCAUUUUGCUAAUGAUUAGGAUGGAGAACAAGAGAUGGAGUUAA